AGGCCCCAGCAGCCGCCGCCUCCCCCUCCAUGGCCGCCGCUCUCGCCGGCUGCAUUGUGGGAAGCUGACCUCACUCGCUGCUGCCGCCGCCCCGCCGGCUCCGGCACUCUCCGCCAUGGGGGCCGUGACCGACGAUGAAGUUAUCCGCAAGCGGCUGCUGAUCGAUGGCGACGGAGCUGGCGACGACAGGCGGAUCAAUUUGUUGGUGAAGAGUUUCAUUAAGUGGUGUAAUUCCGGAUCUCAAGAGGAAGGUUAUAGCCAGUACCAACGAAUGCUGAGUACUUUAUCACAGUGUGAAUUUUCGAUGGGAAAAACUCUUCUGGUGUAUGACAUGAACCUGAGAGAAAUGGAAAAUUAUGAAAAAAUCUAUAAGGAUAUAGAAAAUAGUAUAGCUGCAGCCCAUGAGAAGAUUUCUGAAUGCAAAAAACAAAUCCUGCAAGCAAAAAGGAUUCGAAAAAAUCGCCAGGAAUAUGAUGCAUUGGCCAAAGUCAUACAGCAUCAUCCAGACAGACAUGAAACAUUGAAGCAGCUGGAAGCUUUGGGAAAAGAACUGCAAAAUCUUUCUCACAUUAAAGAAAAUGUUGAAGAUAAGUUGGAGCUGAGAAGAAAACAGUUCCAUGUUCUCCUGAGCACUAUCCAUGAACUUCAGCAAACCCUGGAGAAUGAUGAAAAACUUUCAGAAGCUGAAGAAUCCCAAGAAACUCAAAUGGAAGCAGAGGCCAAGCAGUAGAUGUAAUAUGAAGACUGACAAUACUACUGAAGAAAGUCCAAGUAUCUUCAUGUUCUAUUGAAACCAACAGUAAGGGAGGUGGAGCUGAAAAUAGUUUUCUAGUGCUUCUGUGAAUUUUCAUACAAAAAUACUUGUUAUGCUUAUGCUUCAGGGGAAAACAGUUGCAGAUCUGUGCAGACAGGGACUUUAUGUUAAUUCACAAACUUUGUAAUUUGUGAAAUUGUGGUUUAUAAAGGAUGAAGCUUCUACACAGUGCUUGUGAACUAAGCUGUUUGCUAAACAUUGUCAAUAAAAAGUGUUUUCACAGA